AUGCAAAAUUCUCGUAAAAUUAAUCAUUUAAUAAAAUUUUGUAAAGAUUUUGAAUUAAAUUUUUUAACAUUUGAUCAUUAUGCUCAUGGAUUAUCUACUGGUUCAUUUUUAAAUGAUCCUGAUGGUAAUGUUACUAUCGGAAGAUGGUUUAAAGAUUUAUGUUUACUUAUGAAACAAGAAACUUGUGGUCCUCAGAUUUUAAUUGGUUCUAGUAUGGGUGUUUGGUUAGCUUUAUUAGUAUUAUUAAAAAAUAAUCAUUUAAAAAAUAAUGUAUAUGGAAUUAUUGGUGUAGCUCCUUCGAUUAAUUUCACUGAAAAGAUUUGGAAAGAAGUUGAAGAUCUUGGAUUAUUAGAUAAUUUUUCAAAAAAGGUGCCUACUGAAAUUAUAUAUAAUCGUCCAUCAAAAUAUUCUGGUUCAGGUGGUUAUCCAAUUUCAUUGCAUUUUCUUCAAGAAUCACGAAAUCAUUAUUUGCAUAAAGAAAUUUUAGGUGGUAAAAAUAUCUCUUGUCCAAUUACAUUUAUACAUGGACAAGGUGAUGAAGAUGUCUCGUAUCAUGACACUUUAAAAUGGGCAAAAUUAUUGACUCCUGAUGAAAAUGCAAAAGAAAAAGUCAAAGUUGUACUGAUACCUGAUGGCGAUCACAGAUUGUCAAGAGAACAAGAUUUGAAAGUUUUAGAUGAAGAAAUUGUAAAUAUGCUUUAG